CUUGCACCUUCCGAAGACGGCGGCAACGAUAGCGGUGGCGACGACGACAGUAGUGACGACGCUAAGAAAGACGACGGCGACAACAAAAACGAUGGGGAUUCUGAAGACGACGAACAGACGAAGCUGACCGGUCACAAGCGGCUAGCGGCUGCCUACUUCGGGAAGAACGGGGUUGGCCGCGGCGGCGGUGUGAACCGGGAGCAGUUCAAGGCCUUCGUGCGAGAUCUGAGGCUGGACGUUAAGACGGUGGAGUGCCGUCUGUACUCGCGUUCGAUGUGCGUGCUUUGUGUGUCGCCGUCAAGGCGUUGUGUCGGGCUGGUGGCCUUGUCUCUGUUGUUGUGCCCGUGCCAGUUUUCCGUGCUACGACACCAUGUAAACAGGCAUCGCUUUUGUCUCGGCGGCGGCGGCGGCCGUGCUAACGGAUCGGCGGCGAAGGCGGCGGCGAAGGCGGAGGAGGCCGGCAAGGACGGAGGCGGCGGAGAGGGCGACGGUUCGGGGUGGUGGAGCCGGUACAAGAACGACACCAUCUCGAUGGCCGACCUCGCGCUCACCCUAGUGUCCACGUCCCACCCGAGAAAGAUGCCGGUGUUCUUGGCGAGGGUGCAAGCCAUCCAGAAGAAGCGGAAACAGAUCCCUCUCAGGGAUGCUCUUCUCCUGCACGAGGUUCUCGAGGACCACGCCCAGGACCUGGAGGAUGCCCUCGGCAUGUACAGCAAGGCGUCGUCCGGCGGGGCCGUUACCGCGACGGACUUCGCGCGCGCCGCGAAAGUGAUCUCCGGAAAGGAGCUCAGCCCGGAGUGCGUGUGGCUGGUGUUCAAGAUGUUCGACAGCGGGGCCGACGGCCGUCUGGAGCACGACGAGCUGAUCGAGGCGACCCACCACAGGCUCCGGUCCCUCCCUGGGCGACGAGAGUUCCCCAACAGCGUCGCCCGCUUCGUGCAGUGCGUUCGCGGCGACCCAUGAUGAGAUUGUGUUGUCAUGCGCUAUGCGCUGGCGCUGCCCCUCCGGCUGCUGGCGCCCAGGGGCAGGAGGCGCGUACUGGCGCAGCUGCUACGAGCGUGGUACUUCAAGGGGAAAGAGGGGGGCAGGGAGCGCCUUCACAGGUGGUGGCGGGAUGAGGAGGUUUGUGAGACUGGGCACGGCGGUGUUGACCUACUCUCUCGUGUAACGGUACUUCGUACCGCUUUGGAGUUGUUGUAGCUGCUCGCGUGCGGCGGGGUGGGCGGUGCCCGGGUUGAUGUGCACCGACUGACCCCCCAGAGCCACUCUGUGGAAUAAUAUAGUUGACCACGUACUAGGAAAAAUGUCGCGCCGACACUAUUGAGAUACACAUUUUCGUGAUUUUGUUACACGUUGGUUAUACAGGUGCGGAGGGAAACACGGCAUGCACCUCGAAGUUGAAUCGCCUUCAAAAUAUCUUUGAGAUUCUGUAAUGGCGGGGGUUGUUUGGCAGGUUUGCCCGUGCCGUGUACUAGCUGAUGUUUUUUUCGCGUGAUUUGGUAGACGCUUCAAGGCUUCGUUGUCGCCGAGAACAAAUGACAAAGUAAGUGGAAUCAAACGCUCACUUCUCUUCCGGAAAUAGACAUGACAUAGCAUAGACGACUAGAUUUUCUUUUCUUUUUUAAAAGGGCCAGGAAAGAGUGAGAGGACUCGUGCAUGUGAUGCAUGUUCGCAGUCCGUCGCGGGGGGGCGCGCAGAAUUUUGCCGAAAAUCGGGCAAUCGGGACUCGGGCGAACGGGACUGAGUGGGGGAGGGGGUCGGGGGUAGAGAUGGAGCAAGCAAGAAAGUCCCGCGGACACCUCGACUGUUGUCAUUUAGAUUGUAGGUAACCUCCGCUCACUCUUGGAGGUUCCGCGGCGGGUGUCGAGUGCUCGCAAGCUUAACCCACGAGGCUGAAGAAGAAAAGACGAGGACCUUCUCAGGCAGCGGCAGUAUACGAAAAACGAGAGCGGUGUAAACCGAGAGAAAUGGUUGGUUUCCAGCCUCUA